AUGGCGGCUCCCAGACCUCACCCCCCUCAGCGUCUCCGCCACCCAGCCGGUUACCGGGAGCUCAAAUCGUUCCCCAUUGUGAAAUCGAUCAUCCACCCCCCCCGCGACGGCGGCAUCCGUUACCGGGGGCUGACGCCGGACGAGGUUCGCAGCGUUCGCUUCCUGCCCUUCGACUACGAGAUCGAGUACGUGUGCCGGCCCGAGCGCGAGAUCGUGGGGCCCAAGGUGCGCAAGUGCCAGCGCGACGGCACCUGGACGGCCAUGGGCCACCCCAGCCGCUGCCUGCGCACGUGUCCCAAGAGCCACCUGAGCCUGGAGAACGGCCAGGUGGCCACGGGGGCCAUGGAGCGAGUUCCGGUCGAGGGCAGCUGGGCCGAGUUCCGGUGCCAGCCGGGCUUCCGCCUGCAGGGCAGCGCCCGCAGCAACUGCAGCAAGAGCGGCCGCUGGAGCGAGCCCAAACCGCAGUGCCUGCUGCGCACGUGUCCCAAGAGCCACCUGAGCCUGGAGAACGGCCAGGUGGCCACGGGGGCCAUGGAGCGAGUUCCGGUCGAGGGCAGCUGGGCCGAGUUCCGGUGCCAGCCGGGCUUCCGCCUGCAGGGCAGCCUUUCCUAUGGCUCGAGCUCCCCGGCUCUGUCGAACCGGCAGCGUUUCCCGACGUUUUUCCGGACUCAUCCGUCGGCGACGCUUCACAACCCGACGCGGGUUCAGCUCUUCAAGAAAUGGGGUUGGACCAAAAUCGCCACCAUCCAACAAACCACGGAGGUUUUCACCUCGGUAAAGAGGAGAGGAAAAAAAUAUUUUUUAAUAAAAAUUAAAAUUAAAAAAAAAAAAAUCUGAUUUAUUGAUAUAUGGCGCCAGGACGCCCGGAUCAUCGUGGGGCUCUUCUACGAGACGGAGGCGCGGAAAGUUUUCUGUGAGGUCUACAAGGAGAAACUCUACGGCAAGAAAUACGUCUGGUUCCUGAUUGGCUGGUACGCCGACAACUGGUUCCGCAUCAAGGACCCGGCCAUCAACUGCACCGAGGCCGAGAUGGCCGAGGCCNAUCCCCCCGGGGGUGGGGUUAUGCAAAUGAGGUGGGCGGGGUUUGACCCCGAUCCGUCCAAUCCCACGUCCCAAGAGUUCAUCGAGAAGCUCCAGAAGAGGUUGGGCAAGAACCCGGAGGAGACCGGCGGCUUCCAGGAGGCGCCGUUGGCCUACGACGCCAUCUGGGCCUUGGCCUUGGCGCUCAACAAGACGUCCCAAGAGUUGGUCAAGAAGGGCCUGAGGUUGGAAGACUUCAACUACAACAACAAGAACAUCACCGACGAGAUUUACCGCGCGCUCAACUCCUCGGCCUUCGAGGGCGUCUCGGUGCGUCGCCGGGAAUGGGAAUUUUUGGAGCGGGAACAGUCGGGAACAGCCAGAAUUCCAGUCAGGAAUGGGAAUUUUUGGAGCGGGAAGAGUCGGGAACAGCCGGCACUGCGCCUGUUGCAGGCGCGGCUGUGGCUGCUGGGGCUGGGUUUCAGCCUGGCCUACGGCAGCAUGUUCACCAAGAUCUGGUGGGUGCACACGGUGUUCACCAAGAAGGACGACAAGAAGGACAAGCGGAAGGUCAGGAAUUGUGAGAAAUCGCGGCUCCUGGAGAAGGAAAAUCGGGAAUUGGAGAAAAUCAUCGCCGAGGUGGGGCCGGGAAUUAAUUAG